UCCGCUUUUUGUUAAAAUAAUAUUAUAUGUCAUCAAAUAUGACCAUUCAAAUGUUUAUCUGAAUCAGUGCAUACCGGAAUCAACAAAUAACCGACUUGUUGACAUUUGUCGCGUAUAAUGUCCUUGGCAAACGUAGAGCACCUGUUUACCUUUAUAAUUAUUACGCAGUUUUAACAACUAUAUAUUUUUUUCGUGUAAUUUAACUAAUACAAUCAUCAGAAUUCGACAAGACUAGCAGUAAUUUUGCUGGUAAGCAUCAACCCAUCAAAUGCAACACAAAAACAGGAGAAAUUCUAUGGUCGAGAAGUUAUGCUUGCUGACCGAGAAUCAGUGGAAGAAUAUUCUGAUAUUCUAUUCCAAAAUGCCUAUACAGAAGACAUUGCAUUCCUUGUUGUUGGAGAUCCUUUUGGUGCAACGACCCAUGCUGAUCUGAUGUUAAGGGCCAGAGAAGAAGGGAUUCCAACUCGUGUUAUCCACAAUGCCUCUAUAAUGAAUGCUGUCGGUUGUUGUGGUCUGCAGCUCUACAAGUUUGGAGAGACUGUAUCAAUCUGUUUUUGGACUGAUACAUGGCAACCGGAUAGUUUUUAUGACAAAAUAGCGUCUAACCGAGAGAAAGGGAUGCAUACUCUGUGUCUGUUGGAUAUCAAAAUUAAAGAACAAAGUAUUGAAAAUCUUAUGCGAGGUCGGAAAGUGUACGAAGCACCACGAUUCAUGACCAUAGCACAGGCAGCUCACCAACUUCUGACAAUCGUCAGUAAAAUGCAAAGCACUAAUCAACAUGAAACGGUAAUUGGACUGCGGCCAUGCUGCAGCACCACCGUCAAGGGUUUUAGUCAAUCAUAUCGACCUCACCACUUUCUCUGGUAUUUAUUUUAUCAUCCUUGGAGGAGGAGGAAAGACAAAGUCCAUCCAAGCAUAAAGGGCCGUACCCACUCCAUAAAGGGAUGUAACCAGAAUAUGAAGGGAUAUAACAAGAAUAUAAAGGGAUAUAACCAGAAUAUAAAGGGAUGUAACCAAAUACCACAAGCAUUUACGAAAGAUACAAUUUGUGUUGGCCUCACCAAAGUUGGAUCUGACGAACAGAAAAUCCUUGUGGCACCAUUAGAGCGGUUAGCAGAAACAGAUAUGGGCCCACCACUCCAUUCCCUUGUGAUUCCUGGCAAUAUGCACCCUAUGGAAAUCGCCAUGUUGAGAAGUUUUGUUUUAGAUUCUACAACUGAAUCCAAAUUGCAAGAAAUGGAAACAUUUUGCUAAAGAAACGGAAUCAGUGACAACCUACCUACCACUUUGCUUUCUUUCAUUGUUUAUGUUUGUUUCAUUAUGAAAUAAAUAUCUAUGACAUAUA